CACAUCUCGCGAGACCAAGGUUCACAAACGACUCUCGGCGGGUUAGGGCUUGCGGGGAGGAUGGAGUAUCCCGCAUUGGGCACCGUGGAAGCCGCGGACAGCGGAGGGACACGGUCGUACAACUGCUCUGAGGAGCGGAAGGAGCGGGAACCGGACGGGCUGCGCUUCGACCGCGAGAGGGCGAGCCGCCUGUGGGAAGCAGUGUCCGGGGCCCAACCAGUGGGGAGGGAGGAAGUGGAACACAUGAUCCAGAAGAACCAGUGUCUCUUUACCAAUACCCAGUGUAAGGUUUGCUGCGCCUUGCUCAUUUCUGAAUCCCAGAAGCUGGCACACUACCAGAGCAAAAAACAUGCCAACAAAGUGAAGAGAUACCUAGCAAUCCAUGGAAUGGAGACAUUAAAGGGGGAAACGAAGAAGCUAGACUCAGAUCAGAAGAGCAGCAGAAGCAAAGACAAGAACCAGUGCUGCCCCAUCUGUAACAUGACCUUUUCCUCCCCUGUCGUGGCCCAGUCGCACUACCUGGGGAAGACCCACGCAAAGAACUUAAAGCUGAAGCAGCAAUCCACUAAGGUGGAAGCUCUGUCGAAACGCCUUACAAACCCUUUCCUUGUGGCCUCCACCUUAGCCUUGCACCAGAACAGAGAGAUGAUAGACCCAGACAAGUUCUGCAGCAUCUGCCAUGCAACUUUCAAUGAUCCUGCCAUGGCUCAACAGCAUUAUGUGGGCAAGAAACACAGAAAACAGGAGACCAAGCUCAAACUCAUGGCACACUAUGGCCGGCUUGCAGACCCUGCUGUCACUGACUCAUCAGGCUUUGCAAACUCAAAUGCCUGCAGAAGCCAGACAGGAAGAAAAACAGGGAGGAUAUGGUCAGCUGUAGAGUGCAUGCCUCACCUAGGCAGCUCUAGGUAGUUGCUACUAUAUCUUCCAGUUUUUCAAAAGAAAAGCAGAAUUUGUAUAAGAAUUCCCCUAAUUUUUAAUUGUAAGUAAAUUAAAAAAUUUUUAAACCUUGUGUGAGUCAACCAUGUUUACAAGCCACAUUUGGGCUAUGGGCCACCAGUUUGCAACCUCCAAUUUAAACUGCCUAUCAUCCACAUUCCUUGUAUGAAGGCCUUAGCAGCCUCUGCCAGGUUUUAGAGUGUCCUCAGGACCCCUCCUCUCUCAGCAGCUGAGGCCUGCCUAUGUAUCUGGGAGAGCACAGUGAAGGAGACCGCUCUGACUCCGAAUAUUAGGUACUUCCCUGACCUCAAGAUGCCAGUCAGCACCUCAUGAGUCACAAAAAGUUAGGAGCCCUUCCCAUCACAGAAGUUACUCAUUGCCUGUGAUAAUGGUGGGAGAGGGGGAGAUUAUUAUUUUCUCUUUCAGUCAGUAAAUACUAUAUAUACCCCAAUAAGUACCUCAUCAAGGUGUAGUAGUGACCAAGACUGACACAGUUCCUAUCUCAUGGGCCCCAUGUGAGCAUUGGUGUUGGUCCUCAGGGCUUCCUCCCCAUUCUCUGGAUAUGUAGCACCAGUCAAUAUUUGAAGCCCCUGUGGAAUCCAGGUGUAAACAACUUGGCCUCAGGGAACCUGCUGCUCAGUUAUCUCUGCUUUUUCCACAAUCCUAGGCAGGUGAACCCAGAUGCCAUAGAUGUUCCAGACCACAUGUGGACAAGGGGAGGGAUCAUACCUCUCCAACAGCCCCCAAACCCUAAAGCAGCCAUACAACACAAGCAGUACUUGGGCAAGACUGACACAGAUAGGACGGAUGCAAAGCAGUGGCUUUGAAGCAAGGGGGAGAUCCCUUUAGAAGGCAAUGCCUUCCCCUUUAACAGGAUCAGUUUCAUAUGCUAAGAAAUCUAGAAAUUUCAGAACCAAGCUCCUCACAAUCCUGCCUCAUGAAGGCCCUCCUAUUUUGACCUGUGACUAAUAGAAACAACAUAGCUUCCAGCUGGCAUGUCCAUCCUUUACUCAGCCCUGCCCUGGUCAUUCCCUCAUUACUUCUUUAUACUUCAGGCUCACAUUUCUCUUAUUUAUCCAAGAAUGCCAAACUUAAAUCCUGCAUAUCAUUCAGGUAGCCAAAUCCUUCCAGACGUCAGAGCACUUAGCAUCCCCUCAGGUUACCGGAAUCCUCCUCUGCUUCACCCUAUCAUGUUCUCUCCCUACUUAGGGACUUUCCUCCUAUGCAGGAUAGGUCUGCUUUCUCUGCCCCAAUUGAUCCCCAAUUUCUUCAACCCCUAUACAUAGGGUAGGUUUUCAGAUCUUGUUGAAUUCAUAUAUAAUCAAGAAAUAUUUGUUGAUUUCUUUCCUAAUAUAUGCUAGGGAUUGUAGAUAUGAUAGUAAAUAAAAAAAGUAUUAUCCACAUUCUCAUGGAGCUUAGAGUCUAGCAGAAAAGACACGUAUUGAGUAAAGAACUAAAAGUGUUACAAGCUUUAGGAAAGGAAGUGAGAUAUUAUGGAGAUAACUUAGGAUGGAGGAGCAGGGAUUAAGGAAGGCUUUCCAAAGGCAAGGGGAUAGUGUGGGGCAAAAUAAUGCUGGGGUGAUGAACAAGCAAAGCAUCCAGUCACAGCAUUGUAGGUCAUGUUAAGGAUUUGGGCCUUUCUCCUAAGAUCAUUAGUAAGUUAUUGACAGCUGAAGCAUAUCAGAUCAUUCUGAUGACAAAAUAAAGAAUGGCUUGGAAUCAGGAGGAAAGGUUGUGGAGAGAGGCUAGCAAUGGGACUAUUAUAGUAAUUCAUGCUGGAGAAGAUGGGAGCCUGGAUUAAAAUAGAAGUGGAGCAGGUAAACAGAAGUAAAUGGAUUCAAGAGGUAUGUAGGAAGUAGAAUUAUCAGUACUUGGCCAUCAGAUGUGGGAGAUGAAGGAAAGGGAACAGUCAAGGAUGGUACCCAAAUGUAAUUUUAAGCAAUUAGGUAGAUAACCAGAUUUUGUCAGCUACAGUUUAAGAUGCCCAUGAGAUACUCAAAUAGAGAUGUUAAAGAGGCAGUUAGAUAUAUAGGUCUAGAUUUCAAAAUAGAGGUCUGUGUUAGAGACAUUGCCGUUUUGGCAGGUCAGAAACUGUUACAUAUUGGUAGUUUCGUAUGUUUUAACCUAAUAAGUGGUAAUUGAAGUCAGAUAAGUGAAUGAGAUCCCUUACAGAGUUAAGAGAGAGAAGAGUUGAGGAUCUGAAAUUGAGCCUCCUAGAAAUUCUGUCACACACUACAGCAUAAAUGAAGCUUGAAUUAUGCUAAGUGAACUAAGCCAGUCACAAAAGACAAAUCUUGUAUGAUUCCACUCAAAUGAGAGAUCUAGAAUAAUCAAACUCAUAAAAACAGAGUAGAAUGGUGAUUGCCAAGGGUUAUGGGAAGAGGGGAAUGGGGAAUUGUUUAAUGGGUGUAGAUUUUCAGUUUUAGAAGAUAAAAAAUUUCUGGAGAUUGUUUGCCCAACAAUGUGAAUAUAUUUAAAUGAUGGAAACACAGUUUCUCUAACCCAGAUCUUUCCUUUGAUAUUACUGAAAUGUAUACUUAAAAUGGUUUAGGUGGUAAAUUUUCUGUUAUAUGUAUUUGACCACAAUUAAAAAUAAAAUAAGAAAAAGAAAGUAAAAAAAAAAAAAAUUGAGCCUCUGGAAUUCCAGUAUUAAACAGUGGAGGCCAAAUAGGAGACAGCAAAAGAGAUAGAGAAGGAGCCACCAGAGGAGAAAACUCAAGAGUGUGGCCUGCUGAAAGCCAAGGGCAGGAAGACCGAAGGAGGGAAGAGUCACCAGUUCCGUCAGGUGCUGUUGAGUGGUCAAAUAUGAUGAGACCUCAUAAGGAUCCAUUUUGUCCAUUAAAUUUAGAUACAGGGAAGCCAUUAAUGGCCUCAGAAAGAGAGAGAGACAGAGAGUGUGUGUGUGUGUCUGUGUGUGUGUGUGUGUGUGUAGUGUAGUGGGAUAGGUUGCAAAGUAAUUGAGAGGCAAGGAAAUGGAGAAGCCUGUGUAAGGCUUUUCAAAAGGCUUGGCAGUGAAAAGAGAUUCAGGUCUUCUUCCAAAUAAGCCAGAUGUGUGAAAAUCAGCCCUAAUGACUUAUGCUUCAUAAAAUCACAUGGGUAGAUGAGAAUAUCAAACAUGUAAAACAAAAACAGAUAAAAAUUCAUGUGUGUGGGUACUGGACAAACCUGUUCUUUUAGAAGCUCCAGUGAAUUCUACAGGUGCCCCAAAUGACAAUUGAAUC